UUUCUAUUUUUAAUUAAUACGUGGUAUAUGGAUCAUGACGUCAUUGCAGGCAUGGCGAGACUGAAUGUGAUCCACAGAUUAGGACAAGGAUACGGCAAGGUGGACCGGUCAACGAUGAUGAGUAUGCUUCUUCGGUCCCAAAAGGCACGACUCGACGCCUCCGGCGACCGCCGUCUUGCGAAUGUCAGCAGCACCUUCGGAACCCACACCGUGCAGGUUAAACUGGGGAGCAAGAAAACUAACCUGAGCCUUGUCCUCGACACCGGCAGCCACCUCACGUGGACUCAAUGCCAGCCGUGCACGGAGGAGGAUGAUGGUCUAAGUCAAUGCUUCAACCAGUCGGGACCCAUAUAUGAUCCUUCCAAGUCAACGAAAUACUCCGACGUCCUAUUUAACUCGUCAGCCUGCUCCGACGUCUACCAAGCCACGGGCCUAACGGCGUCCGCCGUAAGCUCCACCAACGACACCCUGAUUUGCGGCUACAACGUGUAUUAUGCAGAAGACGAUGACUCACGGUCUACCGGCAAUCUGGGGGUUGACCAGCUGAAAUUCCUAGCUUCGGAGGAGGAGGAGGACGGCGGUGCUUUCAACCUCACUUUCGGGUGCGGCCAUAAUAACAACAUUUCCGGCCGCCUGGACGCGGCGGGCGUGAUGGGGUUAGGGCAGUCAAACCUCUCCAUCGUUUCCCAAAUGUCCAAGGAAGUCGGGAAAUGUUUCUCGUACUGCCUCCCGACGGAAAACGGGACCGGCGGCUAUGCAGCAUUCGGCUGCCGCCGGCCAAAGACUCCGGCGGGUCAACACCUCCGCUACACGAACUUGACGGAACCGCCGCCGGGCGUGGACGUCAAUAGUUAUGUUUCCGGUUUAUACUACGUUGAUCUGACGAACAUAAGUGUGAACGGAAAGGCGCUGGAAAUGAACUGCACGGCCGGAUUCCGGCACGCCGUCGGAAUGUUCGUAGACUCCGCCUUCCCCAUAUCCGUCCUCCCCCCGGCAGUGUACGCAGCUCUGAACAAAUCAUUCUCCGACCACAUGAAAGAUUAUCGGAGAGCGCCCGGAGACCAGAGUGGGAUUCUUGACAACUGCUACAACUUCACAAACCGCCCUAACCCGACCAUACCCAACAUAAGCUUCACGUUUGGCGGUGGUAUGGAGGUUGUUUUGCACCGCAGCGCCGUCAUGGUGCCGGUCAGUGCUGACCGGACUUCCAAAGUGUGUUUGGGUUUUGGCGCGAAUAAGAAUGACAUGUACAAUGUGACGGGAGUUUUUGGAAACUUGCAGCAACAGACUUUGGAGAUGUUUUACGAUCUUGAGGGAGGGACACUGGGAUUUAGCCAGGACUCUUGUACUUAACCGAGGUUAGCCUAUGGAUUGAAUUGCAUGCAUGAAUGCAACUUUGAUUCUAUGUCUAUCUACUUUUGUUUAAACAAUUUUUUCUUUAAUUUAUUAGGGUAUUACUCCAUUCUCGAUAAUGUAAUAAAACUUAUUAAUUAUUACUCCGUAUGUAGC